CCCCACACCUCCGGGCGGCCGCAGCCACAGAAGGGAGGCGCGGCCCAGUGCCUGCGCAUGCGCGCCCGUGCGGUGCCGCCGCCGCGCCGCCAUCUUGGAGCCUCCUCUCCUCAGUUUUCUUGCAAUUCCUGCUAUUCACUCAUGCUGAGCUAUGUUUACAUUUAUGGUGAGACCUUUAUAUUGCUGCCCAGUCUGUCGUAGUGGGACCCACCCUGCCAAAGGAGAUGCUGCAGUAAGGCCGUAACUACAAGGAAUUAACAGGGUGAACAGCCAAUGGAGAUUCCAAGCACCUUCAGGAGUCAACUGGCAAACUGCCUGAAAACAGCAGAGCAUUUAAACGACAUUUCUUCCAAUGGAGGAUCUGGGAAUGACAUCCAGACCUGGGAGCCUGGCAGUUCAACGAGGCAGAGAAGAAGGGCACAAAAUUUUACUGACACCGACCUACAAACGCUUCUGAAUAAGAUGCAGCCAAGGAGAGACAGACUGCUGGGUGUGCAUGGAAGAAAACCACAGAAAUCUAUUUCACGUGCCAUGUGGAGAGAGGUGGCAAUGGCACUGAACGCCACCUCUCUGACCUCAAGGACUGCAGACCAGUGUCGGAAGAAGUUCAAUGACCUAACCAGAGCAGGCAAGGAAAAAUUAAUGCACAACGCGCGUGAGGGACAGGAAUGCAAAGGGUACAUCCCCAACAUUAAGGAGCUCACCCCUUACGAGGAUCAGGCUGUGGAGUUGGCGGGUAGACAGUGUGGUCUUGCAGUGGUGGCGGACGGUGAGAUUGGUGUGACGCUGCAGGCUACAGAGCCUUCACAGCAGUGGGGUCCAGAGGAGCAGGAUGACGAUGACGAUGAUGAGGAUGAGGAUGAUGAUGAGAAGCCCUGCUUCUUCAUUGACUACGAUAAUGAGGAGGAGGAUGAGGAUCUUGAAAGCAAACCAGAUCGUGAGUCCUUGCAACUUGAUCCAUCUCCGUGUUCUACAGGUCCAGCCCCUUCAUUCUCAACCUCCUCGAACAUAGAUUUUCCACUCCCCUGCUCCAGCUCCGAUGUGCUCACCAGAGAACGGUUAGAUAGCAUCAGUGAGGAGGAUGCAUUGGGCGAUGGCCAAGAUGUCAGGGAGCCAUAUAACUGGGCAGCGGACGAGGACGUGUCAUCUUCACAGCGGAGGCCGAGAAAAAGGAUGCAUCCUGUCUCGGAGCCGUGGGACCCUGACCUGUCGGGCACUCGGCCAAAGCGAAGGAUGUUCAACGAACAUCUUGCAUACUUGCAGCCCCUGCGAUCGAUAUUCGAGGAUGUGCAGCACCUGACCACAGUAACACUGGAAUCUACAGCCCUCAUCUGCAGCAGCAUCAAGGAAGCUUUCGCUUCCCUGCAGACGUCGAUGGAGCACGUGGCAGCUUCACUUGAAACUGCAGCACACCUUCAUCUCCGUAACACCCAGGAACCACUCCGUGCCCCUGGCUUUCAGGAACUUAUAGCUGCUAUUAGACCAACCGUUCAUCUGGUCAAUGGGAACAUAAAUGCAGGGCCCAGUGUAGCUGAGAGUAACCUGCCUGGUGUGGCCAAUUCUCAGGACAGCAUCACCUGGCAGAGGUCUGGCCUGCCCCCUCUCAGUACCAGAGCAUCAGAGUUUCGGAAGCAACGUCAGUCAGCUCAUGCAGGAGCUCAGGAGAUGCAGGCAGCGGCUGCUCCCAGCCAGGAGCCGGCAGCGCAAGGAGGAGCUGUGAGUGAGCUCGUUAACUAUGGCAGCAAGAUCCAAACCUCGUUCCUCAAAAUCUCUGUUUACAUCACUGAUGAGUUUAGCUCAUGUGUUCCCUCAUUGGCGUUAUCACAGAACUACCUGCAAUUAGUGUGUCCUGGUGUCCAGGCCCAGUCUCGGCAGCAACUCCCCGCCGUGGAGCCGCCCGUCACUCCGGCAACGCACCCGGCCGGCAAGCAAGUCACCCCGGCAACCGCCCCGCCCGUCCGUCACCCCGACAAAGCCCCGCCCCGCCCUCCGUCACCCCGGCAACGCCUCGCCCGUCACCGCUAUCGCCCCGCCCCGCACCCCGUCACCGCUAUCGCCCCGCCCCGCACCCCGGCAACGCGAUCGCCCCGCCCGUCACCCCGGCAACGCGAUCGCCCCGCCCCGCACCCCGGCAACGCGAUCGCCCCGCCCGUCACCCCGGCAACGCGAUCGCCCCGCCCGUCACCCCAGCAACGGCACCGCCCGUCACUCCAUCUGUCGGGCGCGGCCUGA